UGUCAUAUAUAUAACUAUUUUUAAAGCAAAGAUUGAUUAACAUAUAAGCGUUAAUUAAUAUACAAAAAUGUCAUCUAUUUGCAAGCUGAUAAAUGGAGUGAAAGCAGCAUUUCUAAUGGUGAUGGUCCAGGUUGCUUAUGCUGUCUGUACCAUAUUGUACAAAUUGGUUGAAAAGAAUAAUGGAAUGAGUUUGUGUGUACUUUUGGCUUAUCGUUACAUCUUUGCAUCAAUUUUCAUGGUUCCUCUUGCUUACUUCGCUGAGAGGAAAAACAAGCCGAAGAUCACAGCGAAAGUUCUUUUUCAAGCAUUUCUUUGUGGAUUAUUUGGGGCAACCUUGCAACAGAAUUUGUACGUUGAAGCCGUAAUUUUGUCAGGUGUAACAUAUGCUACAGUCAUGUACAACUUCAUUCCUGGUGCUACAUUUAUCUUGGCCGUAUGUUUUGGAUUAGAAAGGUUAAACAUUGGAACGUUAACCGGAAAAGCCAAGGUGAUUGGCACAAUAAUGGGAAUUAGUGGAGCCAUGGUUCUCACAUUCUAUAAGAGUAUUGAAAUUCACCUAUGGUCUACUAAUGUGAAUUUGUUGAAACAUCAUCUACAACCACAAAAUGUUUCUUCUAAUAAUAUAUGGGGCUCUUCUCUUGCAUUGGGAACUUGUUUAUCAUAUUCAAUAUGGCUGAUAAUUCAGGCUAGGAUGAGUGAGAAAUUUCCUUGGCAUUAUACAAGUACAGCAUUGAUGUCCGUAAUGGCUUCCAUUCAAUCAACUAUAUUUGCUUUAUGUAUGGAAAGAGGUGAUUGGAAUCAAUGGAAGCUUGGUUGGGAUAUCAAACUUUUCACUGCACUUUUUGCGGGUAUUGUGGUCUCGGGAAUAAAUUGGGUUCUGAUUUCAUGGUGUGUGCGUAUAAAAGGUCCACUUUAUGCUUCUGUUUUCAACCCCCUCUUUCUUGUUCUAGUGGCCAUUGGAGGAUCUCUCCUAUUAGAUGAAAAACUUUACUUGGGAAGUGUAAUAGGAUCAGUGAUAAUCGUAAUUGGGCUAUACAUUGUCUUGUGGGGUAAAAGUAAAGAAUUGAAGAAAGUUAUUGAGCAAAAUCAAGUAAAAGAAUCAGUCGAGAUUCAACCAAUGGAGAUAAUUACUACAAAGCUUGAAGAUGCAAAAAAUAUUGAGACAGAUAACAAUGACAUUAAGUCAAGUGGCUUCAAGGAAAUAACCAUUAAAAAUUAUGAGACUUGAUGUUUCUUGAUAAAAUUGUUUUUUCAUACUAAGUCCCUUGUUUGGAAUAUUCUCUUUUGAACUUUUUAUUAUUAUAGAAUUUAUGAACUCUUUAUUUUUGUCCAAUAAUAUUAUU